AUGAUGAGGGUGAUAGUGUUGCUCUCCCUCAUAGGGUACUCGGUCUGCAGUCCCCCUGUGUCUAAGAGUAGGGAGGAGAUUGAAGCUUUCCGUGAUGCAUUGGAAAAGAGUAGGAUUGAUGAUGGAGUUCUGCUAGAAUCUCGUAUUCUAGCGAACCCCAAAGCCUAUAACUGGGAGAAUAGCGGCAAGUUCGAAGGUGACAUUCUCCUGGAUGACGACCAGAUCGACACCCUGGUGUCGGAAUAUGCCGGGGUUGAUAGCAGCAGCAGAACCGCCCUUGUCGUCGCCAACACAAGAUGGCCCGGAAAUGUCAUGAUCUACGAAUUUGGCGUGAAUGAAUUCACUAACGCGGAGCGGGACCGGAUAUUAAAUGCAAUGGCCUGGGUGGAACAUUUCUCGUGUGUGAGAUUCCGUCGCCGUACGAACGAACGAAACUUCGUAAGGAUUACUGGCCGAGCAACUGGAUGCUACGCACACGUAGGGUUUUCAAGCACUCGGGGAGUUCACACUCUGAACUUGGCCCGUCAAGGAUGUCUGUGGCAUGCCAUCAUCUUGCACGAAUUGCUACAUAACCUCGGAUUCUACCACAUGCAUUCCGCCUACGAGAGAUACAACUACGUACGCAUCAACUGGGCUAACAUUCAACAAGGAUAUGCAUUUGCCUUUAACCGCAUGGCACGCAAUCGUGUUAGUCUUCUUAGCCUUCCGUACGAAUAUGGAAGCAACAUGCACUACAGCACCCACGCGUUUAGCGCUAAUGGAAGACCUACUAUUACGGCGACGAGGAGUUUCCAAGGAGUGAUGGGCAAUGAUCAUUCCGUCACCCACUGGGACUGGCUGAGGCUUCGCAGACACUACAACUGCCCUGGAGCGUGGAAUGAGAGAGACAUCCAGGAGUUAAAGGAAGAGGUGGAGCGCACACGACCAUUGAUGAUCGAUACACCUCUGCCAAUUGAAGAUAUUAAUGAUGAGACCACUUUGUAA